CGGUGAGUGCGCGCAGUGAACGUGCCCACAACGAGACGGUCUUCCUCAUGGGACACUUCCACCAGCAGCACGUGAUCGGGAACGGCGAGCGAAGCACCAUGAAGUUCCGAGCUGGCUACAAAUACAAGAUCGCCACCUACCAGACCAACAGCCAUUCCCUGCCGUACCCGUAUGAGACGAUGUGCAGCGACUACGUGACGCUCUCCAAAAAGCUUGGCUACAAGCACUACAUCAUGCAGUCAGAGGAAUGUUCGGAAAAUUGUCUCAUGGAACACUGGCUGCAAAACUGCCGUUGCAGCUCGAAAUUAUACGGCCUGCGACACGAAAGGCACAGGGACCUGUGCGACAUCUUUGAUCACGUGCAAUGCACCCACCUGAUGAAGGUAGGCCAGUGGAGACCAAAGUGCCUUGCGAGCUGUACCCAGCCUUGCCAGGAGAUUAGGUACAAGACCUACUCUAAUGUGGUAGGCAAGAUAAAGAAAAACGCUAGCAGGCUGAACGCUGUUGAAUUAGUCAUUCAGAUGGGCUCAGACAGACGUAAAACAGUCCGUGGCUAUCCUAGAAUGGAGAUCCCAGGCCUCAUCACCUAUGUUGAAGGCCACAUUGGCAUGUGGCUCGGGCUUUCCAUACUGGCCAUCUCGUCGGCCAUCGUCAAGUUUCACCAAAGAGUUGUGCAGCACUUGUUAUCAACCAAGUGAAUGGAAGUUGAUGUAUAGACGAGUGCAAUGGGAGGGCACACACACUCGCACAAAGAGACCGGCAGAGGGCACACUGGAGACACCAAACUUCCAGGAAGCAGAGAUUAAAAGGAUUUCUUCUGGUGCUGAGUGUAUAAAAGUGAUUAAAAAAAUGUUUGCGUGCACAA